UCACCUUGUUUUCACAAAUGUCUUGUCCUUCUUUAUUUUUUGGUCCAACAAGCACAUCUCCCAACCUUAUUCACAUAAACUCUUCCCCAAAUUUGAGGUCUUGUUUCAAGUUCAUAGAUAUAGUUUUGCUGUUUCCAAGUGUGUUAAAGCUCUGCCAUCGAUCUUUGGUAUUUGUUGCACUUAAAUCAGUUCCACAAACUUAUACUGGUUUUGAAGCCUUUAUGCGUCAAUGGCUUAGGAGUUAAGAAAGAACUCAAGAUUUCCCAAUACAGUGCUUAAUUUUGGGAUUUGGAUAGGUUUGAGGCUUUUUCAGAAUGAGACAAUCAUGCUCAAACACUGUUACUUGGUGUUCAGGCUUUCCUCUAUGGGUUCUGGUACUUGCAGCUACUUCAGUGUUGCUAGGAGCGUUGUCUAUAUCAUCUCAAAGUGUAUUCUGUAGAGUAGGCAACAAGUACCAAAUCUCAGAGAGGGUCCCAUUAAAAGGAGAUGGCAACCCUCCUGUCAUUGCUUAUUGGAUUAGCAGUUCUAAAGGAGAGAAAGGUGAGAAAAUACCAAGGCUGUUGAAGGCAAUAUAUCAUCCAAGAAACCAGUAUCUGCUGCAACUUGAUGCUGAUUCAUCAGAUUACGAAAGAGAGCAGUUGGCUCUUUAUGUUCAAUCCCAAAGGGUGUUUCGAACCUUUGAUAAUGUCAAUGUUGUUGGACAAAGUUAUGGAAUCAACCAGAUGGGGUCCUCUUCUCUUGCUGCCACACUUCACGCUGCAGCAUUGCUUCUAAAGCUUAGUGCAGAUUGGGAUUGGUUCAUCGCAUUAAGCGCUUCAGACUAUCCCCUCAUGCCUCAAGAUGAUCUGCUCCAUGCUUUGACUUCAUUGCCACGGAAUCUCAAUUUUUUACAUUUUACUAACGAGACUGGAUGGAAAGAGCAGAAACGUAUUGAAAAAAUUGUUCUAGAUCCUACUUUACAUCUUCAGAAUAGUACUCCAGUCAGUCCACUGAACUAUUCUUUACAUGAAAGAAGAGAAUUCCCUGAUGCUUUCGAUGUAUUUGGAGGUUCACCUUGGGGGAUUCUAACUAGAGAUUUCAUGGAGUACUGUAUCCAAGGAUGGGACAACUUUCCUAGAACGUUACUGAUGUACCUCAGCAAUGUGGUUUACCCUCUUCAUUAUUACUUCCACACAAUCAUCUGUAACUCAUUCGAGUUCCAAAACUCUCUAGUAGAUAAUGAUCUAAGCUUCAUUGUUUGGAACUUAACUGCUUUUGGUGAAACUCAAGUCCUAAAUAUGUCGCACUAUGAUCAAAUGCUAGCAAGUGGAGCAGCUUUUGCAAGACCGUUUCACGCAGGUGAUCAAGUACUAAACAAGAUCGAUGGGAGCGUUUUGAAUCGCUCUCCCAAAGGGUUGGUGCCCGGAGAAUGGUGCCUUGGAGAGGGGAAAAGUAUGAGGGUGCUGGAGAAUUCAACAGCUGAUCAUGAAGAGCUCUGUGCAACCUGGGGAAACAUUAACAAUGUCAACCCGGGUUCUCGUGGCAUUAAUCUGGCUGCACUCUUGACCAAUCUUGUUGUAAAAGGGAGAUUCACUACCAGUCACUGCCAAGAACACUGGUAAUCAAACAGAUUAGCUUUUCUUUUCUUUUUCUUUGAAUAAACAGAUUAACUUUUCUACAACCAUGCAUGAAGAAAGUUUUUUGCCUAAUGACUUUUAAUACCACAUUAUGGUGAUGCGUUUACCGCAUUUUU